GCGCAUACGCACCGAGAAACAGAAAUUCCUCGUUUAUGUCCUGUGCAGCUGCGCUAUAUAAUCCCAAAGCUAAUACCCGGCACCGCCAAAAUAAAAGGUCUUGGCCCCUCAUAAUUCAUCAUCCCAAACCACACCGAAGAAAGAAAAGGGCUCACCUUUCAAUCUCAAACCAAAAGCUGGCACUUUCUUUUCCUCCUUUCACGCUUAUAAGGAAGUUGUUGGUCUUAAGACAUCCAGCACUUAUGUGAAGAAACUUACAUUAAAAUUUAUGUUGAAGAAAGAUGGCAGGUGGGAAGGACAAACAUGAAAAUGAUUCUACUGAUAAAGGGUUGCUUUCACAUCUUGCUGGAUAUGCUGCUGGUUACUACUCCCCACAUGGAUCAUAUCCUCCACACGGAUAUCCUCCUCAACCAUAUCCCCAGCAGGGCUAUCCUCCUGCUGGAUAUCCUCCUCCGGGUGGAUGUCCUCCUUCGGGCGGAUAUCCACCAGCUGGUUAUACUCCUCCAGGAGGAUACCCACCUGCAGGUUAUCCUCCUCCUGGUGGUUACCCUCCGGCUGGUUAUCCUGGUCCAUCAGCUCCACAUCAUUCAGGGCAUGGAUCGCAUGGAUCUGGUAUGGGGGCACUGUUAGCUGGGGGUGCAGCUGCUGCGGCUGCUGCUUACGGGGCUCACCACCUGUCUCAUGGGCUUGGACAUCAUGGUUUUGGGCAUGGCCUUGGUCGUGGGAAGUUCAAGCAUGGAAAAUUUAAGCAUGGGAAGUUUGGCAAGCGGUGGAAGCAUGGAAUGUUUGGAAAGCACAAGGGCAAACUCUUUAAGAGAUGGAAGUGAUUCUUACCUAUUUGACUCCCUCUCUUAUUAUACAUGCACCAGCUUUCUCCCAUAUCUGAUUUGGCUAUUCAGAGAUUGCUUUCUGUUUCUCCUAAUGAAUCUACAUUCAGUUUAGUUAUCGCUAUGACUAUAGUCAUGCCAUGCAUGCAUAAUACAUACUUACUGCUCUGUAUGAGUUGCUCUUUAACAUUUCCACAUGUUUUCAUUGUUUAUUCUAGACUGGGAUUUGAAAUUAUUUGGUUGGAUUAGCUUAUUUUCAGUACAAGAGAGAGAAGGUUCAUAGUAGGAAUUGGAUUUGAGUGUUUUUGUUA